AUGGCAACAGAGCAGCGAAGCGGGAUCCGAGUCACUCAUGCAGAGCUUCUAUGCAAGGAUGUGUGUGGUUAUUAUGGCAACCCUGCAUGGCAGGGCUUUUGCACCAAGUGCUGGUGAGAACGAACCCGCAAAGCAGAGGCUGAUAGGCAGGAGACUGGGUAAAUGUUUUAUUCUCUUUCAUAAACAUUGGCAACACAAGUCCACCAGAGACAGAUCAGUCUUUCUAACUGGGACAUAUUCAAAUGUUAACUUUUUGUUGUUCUCUGCUGUCAGUCCCCACAAUGAUGCAGGUUCACCCUUCAUCUUUUCCAAAUUUGAGGAGAAGAGGAAUAUGGAGAAGGGUCGCAGAGUUAACACGAUGCGGAGACUCUUCUGGGGUGGUUUGUCCCCACUUAAACGCCCAGGUGAUUCCCCUGCACGUCAUCUCAGUUCAGUCAUUGAAAAUGGUUAUAAUGUCAUUUCCACAACUCUAUGAGUAUUAUAAUCUAAAGUGAUACGAAGCAACAACACGUUUAGCCAACGCUGUAAUAGCUAAUCUUAUCUGAGACGCCUUAUGCCGUUUCAGAGACUUCAGAGGGCCAGGUGGCAGACUUAAAAGACUAUCAUAUCCUUGAGCAGGGGAACAUCACCAGCUUCCUGAAGCUGCUGAGGAACCCAUCCUCCCAGCGUCUGCAGUCCCGUUGCACCGCUUUCCUCAACACCAUGGAGGCUUUCCAUGUAAAGUGCUUCCUUCCUCUCUGUUAUCACCACUCUGUUACCUCUGCAAUUACUUUUCUCUUUCAACUUCUGUUUUUAUGUACCUCAUAGCUGCCUUUUCUGAAGUUCGAAUAAAGCCUCUCACUUAUUUCAUGUUAUUGUUAUAUUCUCUUUCUCUUUGCUGCAGGACCUGCCAGUGCAGAAGCAGUCUGAACUUGUUCAAGACUUUUACCAGAACAUCGCUGUGUAUUUCAGUAGUGAGUAAUCAGGCCAUUUUGCUAUUCUGAGCUGCUGUGUGGGUCCACAUUUUAUGUGAAUUAUUGUGGGCCUAUAAUGUUUGUUCACUAAGCUAACACGAAGACAAUAAUUUAGUUAGUUCUUCAAUAUCAGUCCCAUUGCACUCUGUAUUGAACUGAACACUUGGCAUACUGACUGAUUGUACAUAGUCUUGAACAUGAUGCUGAUCAUGACCCUAUUCCUCAACUUCACAUACUUGUUAACUGUGUCUGUUAUUGGUAGGUCUAUUUGAAGCUCAGGUCUCUCAGAUGAUAGAGCACAUGGAGAAUCUGAUCAUGACACGUCUGCACAAGUGGGUCUUCUGCUGUGACGAUGAAGUGAAAGACUUGGCACUCUAGAGGAGGAUACGGUCAAACAGCCAUGCGUAGCCUUGUCUGAACUCAGUCUAGCAUUAUUACCAAACCCCCUCCCCUGAUCAUUAUCUAUCUAGCAUCACCAAGAUCUUCCUUAGCAAUGUUAAGGACUCAUCUACUAUUGUGAUUCAACUUAGUUCACCAUUGUUUUUCAUUUAGAAUUUAACAUUGACAGGUCCUUAAACUGGGUCACCCCCCACACACUGAGAGUGCCUUUUCCUGAUGAGAAGCCUGUUGUCAAUGAUCCCUUUCUGCCUGCUGUAACAGGUGACUGAGAUAUGUGGUUGUCUCACCUAGCUAUCUUAAGAUGAAUGCACUGUAAGUUGCUCUGGAUAAGAGCGUCUGCUAAAUGACUAAAAUGUAAUGUAACAGAAGACAAUGUUCCUUUAUUUUGAUAAAACAUGGCACCAGCAACACAGAAAUGUCAGUAUGAAGAAAGCCAAAUAAUUAAAUUAGUUUGACUAAAACAUUUCCAGACCUUUUCAAAUUUCUCCUGUGUACUAACUGUGUGACACUCACAAUCGCCAGCCAUAAUUUAGAUGGAUGCCAAGCGAGCGCCACAGGACAAGCUUACAUGCGUGUGUAAGUGCAGGCAGAAUGUCUUCUAGGCUCUCUCCACCUCCAAUAGUGACCCAGCAAAUGCUGACGACUUCCUGUCUGGCCUGAUUUACGUGGACUUCCUGUCUGGCCUGAUUUACCCACCCCGGCUUCACUCCAACAUGCAGUAUGUGAUCCACUUCGGCCUCCCUCACAGCCUGAUGGCAGGAGAGAAUGGCUACUACUUCACCAAUUUGGUGAGAUAAUAAUAUGUACAUGCAUACACUCGUUGAUUGUACAUAGACUUCGUGCUGAGAUUACGAGUCCUUUUUGGUAAUUUUCUCGUUUUGUUCUCAAUUUAACGUUGCGCAGUGGCCUUCAUUGAGAAGCUGGAUGGGCCAGCACUCAAUCUUAGCCGAGAGGAGUUUGAGGGGUACAUGCUGGGUCGCCAUGCUUCCUCCAAGAGGGGCAGUGAGAGAUAA